AAAGGCGGUGACCGAGAGCCGGUGGCUAACACCCUUAUCUAAAACUCUGCCACCGUGGUCGCAGUGUUUACAUGAAGUUUCAUCGCGUAUCUUCAUGUCGGUGUUCGGAUGUUUGCGAAUUUGUCCCGCUAACAACGCCUGAAAGAUGGAAUGACGACCCAAUGACAUUGAUGAUGAACCACCAUUCUUAAAUAAUAUACGCAAUAGCGAAGAACAAGUAAAGUGAUGAACUAAGUAAGCGAAAGCGAAAGGACCCAUCAUGCGAAGCAACGGACAUGCAUACCGCUCCCCGGCACGUCUGUUGCAAGAGGCUGAUAGGUGGAUAAACGUACCAGAUCUCUUCAUGAGAGCACCACAGACACGUAUCUCGGCCUAAAUUUAAGUAAGUACUUACAUGAUCAUCGCUGGAGCUCAGCGCUUCCACAGCCCUAUGGUAUCCUAAUUCUCCGUAAACGCCAACAGAAAAAUGAGACCCAGAGCUCUUCCCGUGAUUCACAAUAAAUUCGAGUAGAAAUUAAGAUCUAGUAGCUCCGGGCCAAAAAAAUGACGGACUUCGUUCAUCAUCUCCUCCAGCAAUGCGGGCCCAAUAAAUACGGAAAUCUCGCCUUCCUUUGCGAGCAAACUGAGAUGCAACAGCUAUUGCAUGUCGCUGCCACGACUGCGGGUGAUUCACGAGCAGUAGAGGCCCAACAAACAGAAUUAGAAAAAAGUCUGUCGCCGGACUUCUACGCCUUGCUCUUUCUCGCGUACUUGUAUCACGGUGAUAGGACCUCGACCGGACAAGAAGCUUUCGCCCGGGCGGAGUGUCUUUUGCAGCGGCUGGUAGACGAUGUUGCCGCAGCUGGGCUCGCUGGCGAAGGAGGUGGCGGAGGAAGUUCAACACGAAAACCCGCAUAUUACGGUGGAACGCAGCUCGCCGACUGGUUGCCGCACGGACAGUUGAUUCUGCAACUCCGGGCGAAUUACGAAUUCGCGGAAUGCGCAGAAUGUAUCAGGAGCUUGCCGGUUCCGGCUGUUUUAGAACAGUUUCGAGAAAUUGUGGCGCAGCGGAACCUCCAGACGAGCAGCGCUGCGUCGAAUCAUGGAACACCGUCAAUUAUGGCUCCACAGAGUGAUGGAAGUUCAUCACGGCCAGAAAAACAGAUGGCGGCGCAAACUCUAACUCAUCUUGAGGGCCGGGAACAAGAUCAAGAAGAGCAAGGGGCGACUCCGUUUUCUUUUGCACAUAUUUCAAAAGUGGUUUCCUUUUUGCAGGACUGUGAGGACUUUCAGGAGCUGCAGAUCGGGAAAGCCACCGCGGCGGAAAGCGAACGCGACGACCCAAUGGAGGGAAGGGCUUGAGGAAGCACUCUGUGGCAAGGGCUCCCGCACUUCACAUCAAUUGGACUGAAGUACUAGAAUGAAAGUACUAGCUGCGUCAUGGACGAAGCAGAAGAUGCUAGUGAAGAUAGAACGUGCUGCAACUACGACACUUGUUUGUUUCGCAAAAUGUGAAUGAUUGCCUUUGCUCCCUUCAUCACAUCUAGCAGGUGAGUUUGAGUUACGUGCUUCACCA